AUGGCAAUGAUUGCUGUCCCCGCCCCUCCUCCCAGCUCGACCUUUCAAAGGGACCGCUGGGAGACUCGCUCCGCCGACUAUUCACUACCACGAGCUGACACAAGAUCUGUCGCGCUCCCCUCUAUCCGACAGGCAAUUCCGGAACUUCAACUGGCAACAAACACAGAGCGCCAAGGACGUCCACAUGCGUAUCCUGUCCCUUCAAGCUGGGCGAACUCGGGCCCUACCAGCUCCCCAGACUAUAUUCACUCGCCCAGCAGCAAGAGAAGACGCAUCUCUCACGAGUUGGAGAGUGAAUCUCUUCGCUCCCUCCACGUUCCCCGCCUCUAUCACAGCCCUGAGCGCCGCCCUGGUUCGAGCCACGCCUCCCCCAUCUCGCAACUCCCUCCCGCUUCCGACGACACCUGGAGAAGCCAGGCUCCUGCUCACUACCGGCCAUCCUUGUCUGCUUCCCCCGAAUUUGCUCAUCGAGAGCAUCGGCCUUCCAUCCACACCUUGCCGCCACCGCCGGGUUUGGAUCGCAUCCGUGGCAUCCACCACUACGCCGAAGACCAUGCCACGCGCCAAAGAUUGGACGCUCACGCUGCUGGCCAUUCAAGAAGCCCGGUAUUUGGCUCUCGCCAUGGUGACCGCAGCAGCAGAUACCAUGCCAUGCCCAUGCACCCGGCACGUGUGGAAGAGCGAUCCCCAUUCGCUCCCUCGCGCUACAGCAUGCAUGACAGCGGGCGUUACAAUGAUAUGGGUAUGAUGGGCAUGGGUGGAGAUACGAAGCAGCGCAAGCGUCGUGGAAACCUACCAAAGGAGACCACGGAUAAGCUGCGCUCUUGGUUCGUUGCUCACCUACAGCAUCCGUACCCUACUGAGGACGAGAAGCAGGAGUUGAUGCGUCAAACCGGCCUACAAAUGAACCAAAUCUCAAACUGGUUUAUCAAUGCCCGCCGACGACAACUUCCUGCCAUGAUCAACAACGCGCGCGCCGAAACCGAUGCUAUGCACAGCCGCGCUGGCGUCGAUGUUGUGUCGAUUAGCAGCAGUACGGAUGCGGAGGCUGGCGGCCUUGACCGCGAGAGCACAUACGAUGCUAGCCCUCGGAUGCGUGUCGUUGGCAGUCUCAAGCGAGACUAG